AGGUGAAUCAGCCACUAUCUGCUGCUCAGGAAGACGUAACUGUUCGUGUUUCCGGCCAGCUCGAGAAGCGGAAGUGGGAAGAGAAGGGCGAUACACUCGCGCGGCUCACCUGGCGGCAGGUGAACAAGUGAAAAAAGAGAGAAGACAAGAAAGAGAAUGAACCCAAUACCCUCCAAUCUGAGGUCUGAGGCGAAGAAGGCCGCCAAGAUCCUGAGAGAAUUUACCGAAAUCUCCAACAGAUAUGGACCAGACAAACUCAUCCCUGCUCAUGUCAUAGCAAAGGCUGAGGGUCUGGCCAUCAUCUCCGUCAUCAAAGCUGGCUUCAUGAUCACCGCCAGAGGAGGCAGCGGAAUCGUCAUCGCCAGACUCGCUGACCGAAGUUGGUCGGCGCCCUCGGCCAUCGGUAUCGCCGGCCUGGGGGGAGGCUUUGAAAUUGGCGUGGAAGUGUCCGACCUGGUGAUCAUCCUGAAUCAGCGCAGAGCCAUCGAGGCCUUCACCAAGGGCGGGAACCUGACGCUGGGCGGGAACUGCACCGUCGCUGUGGGACCUGUAGGCAGGAACGUGGAGGCGGAUGUGGCUCUGCGCAGCACCGCGGCCGUCUUCACCUACUGCAGGUCCAGAGGUUUGUUUGCUGGCAUUUCUCUGGAGGGGUCCUAUCUGAUCGAGCGGAAGGAGACCAACCGCAAAUUCUACAGACGAGAGAUCCGGGCUUCGGCCAUUCUGAACGGCGACGUGGAUCCUCCCUCCGAGUGCGCUGACCUCUACCACAUCCUGGACGUCUACACCGAGGCGUACUGCACGGACUGGGCCAACAAAAACAAGCCUUCGUCCGUUCGUCCCUCCAGAUCUGUAGCUGCACCCAGACAGUCCAGCUCCCAGAGGCCGACGGCUUCAUCUGCUGAGAAAAACGCCCUGUACCCAAACCUCUCUGCUUCUAAGGCUGAAACCUCAAAGUCAUGGUUUGCAUCCGGCGGCGCCAGCGGACCGCUGGUCGUCACGGCGAUGCACCAAUUCACGGCGGUGAAUCCGGGCGACCUGAGCUUCUCCCCCGGAGACAAGAUCACAGUCAUCACCCGCACAGAGUCCCAGUACGACUGGUGGGAGGGGAAACUGGCCGAUGGGCGGGUCGGCAUUUUUCCCGCCAACUUUGUGACGUUCUGAUGCUGCCAUCUUGUGGUCAGUAGGACGUAAAGCCUUUAGGGGAGAUGAUGCAUUUUAAAUAAGAAUUUUAGUUCACUGAUCAAUAAUGAUUGAACACAUAGUCAUAUAAAACACAGUUUUAUGAGAAGUUGCCGAACAAUAUCUUUUAUAACAGGUGAAGAAAUAUUUAAAUGAUUGCUGUCUAUUACUAUAUUUUUAUAUAAACUGUUACUUUUACUACAGCUGGUGUAUGGAUCAAUGAUUCCCUUCCAAGUUUGCAGCAUUUUAUAUUUAAUACUUGUCAUUGUAAUGCUCUGGACUAUCUUUUGUAGUCCCUUAGUUUUAGCUUUAUUAGAGGUGUUGUUUAAGUGUAUCAAAGCUUUUCUGUUUCGUUUUUGGUCAGUUUUCUAAAAAAGGAUACUCACUGGGCUAGAUGAUGUUAACUUUUGUCACUUGGGUCUAAAUUUUGGUAAUAUGCGUUCAGAAAUGGCAUAUCACUAAUUUUUGUUUUGCUUUUUCUAUAUAUUUUUUUUUCUGAAACAGUGUAUUAAGCUUUAGGUCUGAGAUAUGUUACAGUUUUCACCAUAAAAUGUUUGUUGCAAUAAAGGAAAUGUUGGGAGCUGCUACUGAUGGACAAGUUUUUUAAGGUGGAACUGGGGUUCAACUUUUCCAAAAUAAGAAUGUGUUAUUUGUGGCAUGAAGGAGUUUGAAUAAAUCUGACAUUUUAAAAAUGUU